AUGUUUUCAGAGGAUGGACUGGAAGGAUCAGAAAGAAGUACGAUCCAAUCAUUGCAAGAAAAAUACGACUCUGCACGCGUUAUGAUGUACCCGUCAAUGCUGUCUCAUUACACACUAAACUACGCCGACCAUUCACAAAAAUCCAGCCCUCAGGCAAGCUUUCGAUCGUUCAGCGCAUCUUCAACUCCAACGCGUCCAAAAAGAAGAAACUCGGAUUAUGAGGACAAUUUCAAGAAGGUCAAGCAGAGUCCAACUACUGCUUCCAGCAAGAUCCCGACUGAGAAAUUGACUUUGGAAAACAUCAACCUCAACGAAUAUCCGAAAUUUCACCAUCCCGAUGGGGGCUUUAUUCAGUUCACCCCAAUAGGAAACGUGAGAACCUGGAUGGGCGACAACAACAUUGUGCACAAAAUUAUAGAGAAAAAUUCAUCUUUCGAUUUAAACAAGCUUAAUCAGGGAAUAGAUGGAUAUACCCUGUACCUUGGAGACAAUAGAGAUUCAGGAAUACACAUAGACAACUCUCCGUCAAACGAGGUCGAGAACUAUAUGCGAAACGGUUAUACUGGAACAGAUCCUUCUGGUAGCAGUGCAUCCGAAAACGCCGCAUAUUACGAUGAUGGAGGAUCCUCUGCCAGUAGGCUGCAGUACUUCUUUGAUGACGACGAGUUUGACAGCGACGAGAACAUGGAAUAA